UCACAACAUUUAUAGCCCUUUCCCUCCCUCCAACUUCCCCUACCAUCAGACCUCACAUUGAGACACAGAGAGGGGUAGGAACAUAGUUGAUUGAUUAUGUUGAAGGAAGAGCGAACCAGCGGUGGAGAAACUGGAGAGAACAACUGGGCACGCAUCUGUGACACAUGCCGUUCAGCCGCCUGCACGGUGUAUUGCCGGGCUGAUUCUGCAUACUUGUGCACGAGCUGUGAUGCCCGUGUUCACGCUGCUAAUCAUGUGGCCUCCCGCCACGAGCGCGUCUGGGUCUGUGAGUCUUGUGAGCGUGCCCCGGCUGCCUUCUUGUGCAAGGCAGAUGCCGCAUCUCUGUGCGCAGCCUGUGAUGCAGAGAUCCAUUCCGCUAACCCACUCGCUAGACGCCAUCAUCGAGUCCCAAUUCUGCCAAUAUCUGGAAGCAUGUCUGGUCCCAUGGCCAAUCACCACCCCAGUGAGACAGCCAUGACAGAUACAGAGAACGACAUGGUGGUUGGUCGAGAGGAAGCUGAAGAUGAGGACGAGGAUGAUGAAGAGGCGGCCUCAUGGCUGUUGCUUAAUCCAGGGAAGAACAGCGGGAACAACAAUAAUCAGAACAACGGGUUCUUUUUUGAUGGAGAGGCCGAUGAGUAUCUGGACCUUGUGGAGUACAAUUCAAGCAUGGAGAACCAAUUUUCAGAUCAAUACAGUCAAUACCAUCAAGAUUGUGGGGUACCUCAGAAGAGCUUUGGCGGAGAUGGAGUUGUUCCGCUUCAGGUUGAAGAAUCCAGAGGUCAACUGCACCACGAACAACAAAGCUUUCAGUUGGCUAUCACCUAUGGCUCCCCAGGGGCACUGUACGGCAGCUACAACGGCUCCAUGAACCACAGCGUAUCAAUGUCAUCCAUGGACAUCGUUGUUGUUCCAGAAUCUACAGCAAGUGAUAUGGCAGUAGUCUCACAGUUAAGAGCACCCAAAGGGACAACAGAUCUACUAAUUGGUCCUCCAAUUCAGAUGAUGCCCCAGCUUAGUCCAAUGGACAGGGAGGCAAGGGUCCUGAGAUACAGAGAGAAGAAGAAGACAAGGAAAUUUGAGAAGACAAUAAGAUAUGCAUCAAGAAAGGCUUAUGCAGAGACAAGACCACGGAUCAAGGGCAGGUUUGCAAAGAGGACGGACAUUGAAGCCGAGGUGGAUCAAGCGUUCUCUACAACGCUAAUGCAAGAAUCUGGAUAUGGAAUUGUUCCUUCAUUUUAAAAUCCCAUGACAUAUAAGGACCUAAGUAAAUGCUGUAAAUUUCUUAUGGUUUGGAUUUAUGCAGGUUGUUACGGUAGCUAUGCAUAUAGGUCUGUAUUUUUGCCUAACUAUUAAGAAUCAAAGGAGUAUAUCAUUCGGUCU